GGACAUUUCUACAGAGUCCAGGAGAGCUGCAUGUGAAGAACCUUCCAGCUUCUACUCUGACCAUUUACUGAAGGUCACCUUACCGUCUCUUCACAGCACUGAGACCACUAAGCCCUUUAAAUGACGGCGGAGAUUCAGCAGCCUCCUUCCCAAACUCCUGCUCAGAGCAGCCCCAUGUCUGCUGCCACCGAGAAACACAGCGGCCAGACAUCGGUCAUGGAGUCCGCCUCCUGUAACACCAAGACCAAGAAAACCAACGCUGGCAUCAGGAGGCCAGAGAAGCCUCCAUACUCCUACAUCGCGCUCAUCGUGAUGGCCAUACAAAGUUCCCCCACCAAGAGGUUAACCCUCAGCGAGAUCUACCAGUUCCUUCAAAGCCGCUUCCCCUUCUUCAGAGGCUCCUACCAGGGAUGGAAGAACUCGGUGAGGCACAAUCUGUCACUGAAUGAGUGCUUCAUCAAGCUGCCUAAGGGACUAGGCAGACCUGGCAAGGGCCACUACUGGACCAUCGACCCGGCCAGCGAAUUUAUGUUUGAGGAAGGCUCCUUCAGAAGAAGACCCAGGGGUUUCCGGAGGAAAUGUCAAGCCCUGAAACCAAUGUACAGCAUGAUGAACGGCCUGGGCUUCAACCACAUACCAGACUCCUACAGCUUCCAAGGGUCCGGCGGGGGCAUCUCAUGCCCACCCAACGGGCUGUCAUUGGACAGUGGCCUAGGAAUGAUGAAUGGGCAUCUACCGAGUAACGUUGACGGGAUGGGGUUAACUGCGCACUCGGUGUCACACCUGACGGCCAACGGUGGCCACUCUUACAUGGGGAGCUGCACGGGGUCUUCCGGGGGAGAUUACCCCCACCAUGAUUCGGCCUCCCCUCUGCUAGGAGGCAACGGGGUUAUGGAGCCCCACUCUGUAUAUUCAAAUCCAACAUCUGCCUGGGCUCCAUCUGCAUCUGCCCUGUCCAGCGGUGCCCCAUACAUCAAGCAACAGCCCCUCUCACCCUGCAACUCUGCGGCCAACCCCUUGUCCUCCAGCCUCUCCUCCCACACCCUGGACCAGUCCUACCUGCAUCAAAACAGCCACAACACAUCGGCAGAUUUGCAAGGUAUUCCCAGGUACCACUCCCAAUCACCCAGUAUGAAUGACAGAAAAGAAUUUGUCUUCUCUUUUAAUGCCAUGGCUUCCUCCUCCAUGCAUUCGGGCAGCGGCUCCUAUUACCAUCAGCAAGUCAGUUAUCAAGAUAUUAAGCCCUGUGUUAUGUGAUCUUUACUGGGGACCAAACUCCAAAACGGUUGGGUGACCCAAAAAGGAACUCUGCAUCUGGGGCCUAAACACAUAGCAAACUGCGAAGACUCCCCAACAAACAAAUGGUUAAGCGAGUUAGUGUCUACACUAACAAAAGGUAUUUUAAGUUGCUUCUGUCAAAAAAGGCCACGGUGCUGACAAUUAACUCUCUAUGAGCCAAGACUGUGUUAAAUUAAUUUUGCUGAUGGCAUUUUCUAUUUACUGAAAGUAACAGGC